GAAAUCAAAUCUCGAGUAUGUAUUCUUCAUCAGCCUAGAAGACAAUAAUAAUAAGUCAUAGUUGCAAAAGGAGGACUGAUCUCUCUCUCACAUCAGACUGAUCAAACAAGGUUCGGCUUGAUUCUUAUGGGUAUGGAUAAUUUAUCUGAUUUUCUGCAAGAUUUGUUGAUCGAAAUUCUAAUAAAACUGCCUGAAAAAGAUUUGUACAAAUGCAAGUGUUUGUCACGAAAGAUGUAUGAUUUCAUCACGUUUACUUGUGUGCCCGUGUUACUGUCACAAACCACAAUUGCAUGCCCAGAAGGUUUUUUCUUUAGCCGAUUAUCUUUACCACGCCCGCGCCAAUCUGAGUCGUAUCUGCCCAGAAUUGGGUGUCGCUCGACUCGUAAAACCGUUGAUGAAUUCUUUUAUAAGCUGGCGUAUUCGAGUUUCAAGCACAUUUUUACUGCCAGCGGUUGGGAUGUAGAUUAUCAAAUAUGUCGUCAGUUCAUAGGGAAGGAUGUGUCUUCGCUUUUGCCCUUUAAGCAUCACGCCAGGGACUUGCUUGAUGUUUGCAAUGGCUUAUUGUUAUUUAUAAAACCAUAUACAUGUCAAUUAUAUGUUUGUAACCCUGCAACUAAACAAUGUAUUUCAAUUCCCAAGUUAUGUGAUCAUAGGCCUUGUGUGUCUCGUUUCUCCAUGCUCGCCUUUGACCCUUCGGUCUCGUCCCAUUACAAAAUUGUUCGGUUACCUCUGUUUGAAGAGGAGAAUUUGUUUUUGGAAUUUGAUAUAUUUUGUUCUGAAACUGGAGUUUGGGUCCGUCGCGCUGUUCAAGUCAAUGAGAGUAAUAGCCUUUGUGGGUUGAGUUUAGUCAAGAAUUCGGCCUAUCUUGAUGGUGUCCUGUAUAGGUUACUCUCGUUUAAUUCACGGAAGCUUGUUAGCAUCGAUCUUAACAAUAUAGACUCUGUCAUCGUUCGUGUUAUUGACCUUCCGGUUGUACAUAAGCUAGCGGUUCCAGGUUGCAUCGGGGUUUCUCGACGGAAUAUUUAUUAUGCUUAUCGUGAACCACAGAGCUUUAACAUUUGGCAUCUGAAUGAAGCGGCGGAUUGGGUCUUAAAUUAUGAGCUUUCUACUCGCAAAUUUGAAGCGUAUAUAGUCCGUAAGUUCAAUGUUCAGUCUGAUGAAACUGUAUGGCUUUCUCCCUAUGCAAUGCAUCCAACAGAUGAUAUCGUCUUUAUCGGUACUGGUGAUAUGAUCUUUGCACUUUAUCUGGAAACCAGCACCCUUCGUUUGGCGUACAGCACAGAUUCUUUGACGUGUGUGCCAGGUCUUUUUCAUCCCAUAUUUGUGUAUAUCAGUUGUCCAGUCCCGUUGAACAACUUUCGCCCCGUAACAACCCAAAAGGUACUGUGGUCUUGCAAAGGAGAAGUUUUAGUUACCGACGGCGACGUAUGUAGUGAUAAUCCAGAACAAUGUGGUAUUUUACCUGAAAUGGACAAAUUUGUCAAUGGAGUAUCUCCAGAAUUUUGGGUGAUGCCAACUAUACGUAGUAUUGGACUGAAGCAUGUGGACGUGACCGGUGUUGGCCACCUAUUGCAUCCAUCUUAUAAAGGUCCCAAGUUCUAGUGGUAAGAAGAGGUAAUGUGGAUGGAUGGACAUAUGUGGUAUUCAAAAUUUUGCUGCCACAUGUAUGAAUAAUCAUCUUUCUCACUGAUGAAUAAAUGGAAAGCAUUUUGUCUCAGAAAUGCAAAUAUUCGGGGGAUGCCAUACUUAUCUAUCUAUUAUAUAAUAAUGCUUCAACAAGGAGGUUCUGUGAGCCAAAAAGUCAGUGAAAAAUACAAUUUUGCCCAUCAUUUUAUAAGAAUGAAACUUCUUUUACCAUGUCUACGCUACCUGCUCGGUCUUUUCAGUUAUUUUGUCAGGGAAUUGCUACAGCCUUUGAUUAUAUUUGUAAGUUGUACAGAAACAGCUGCCAGGUCCUCCUCUCUGUGCUUUUUGCGUGUAUCAAAAGUUCAGAUACAACUGUUGGGUCCUCUCUCCGUUUUUCACUUCUAAUGCUUUAUUAGUCUCACCCUUUUUCAAGAUACUAUUGCUUUGAAUUUUUUUUUUUUUUUUUUGUGGAAUCAUUUGAGAGCUCAAGAAUUGUGAUUAGUAUGCAAUCUAACGUGUAAAGAAUGACCCACCUCCAAUCAUGCGAGGAUGGAAUGAUGACCAGGUUCUUCAGAAGUCAUAACAAAAAAAAUCAGUGGCAA